AAAAAAUCCAAAAGAUAAAGUUACCAAAUGCAAUCCAGACAAGGCAAAAGGGUAAGAGUCACAAGGGAUGUCUGUCUUUUCAUCAAGACGAGAUUUAUUCAACUCCACCAUAUCAUAUACAUAAUUUUUUGUUUGUACUAAUAUAAGUAACAAGAUAACAUCACAUCUACACCGCACUAACCGCCAAUUCACAACUACUCUACCCAGAAAAAAAAAGCCUUAAAACUUCAAUAACAAACAAUGCAGCACAAGAUUUUCCAUAUUAAUAACCGUUUUUAUCACCACUUUUCAUCCAACCUAGAUAGAGAAACGAACCAACAAACGCGCAUCUCAUCACCAUGCCCACGGAUUCCCCUGGUGGUUCAAGUACAACAAUAGGGGAAUGUAUUUAUGCGGCGUUGAUGCCACUCAUAGCUGUCGUCGAGGUUCUGGUUUUUGCUGUCGCAGGUUGUUUCAAUUCUCAUCCUCCACUCUCCAUUUUUCGCAAUCGCAAAUCUGCUUAUACAUCUAAUGACUUCGCGCGCCUUGCUGAAGAAACCAGAUUUACUGUUAAUGAAGUGGAGGCAUUGCAUGAGCUGUUUAAAAAGAUAAGUAGCUCCGUGAUUGAUGAUGGCUUGAUUCACAAGGUAGAGCUUCAAUUAGCACUAUUUCAAACCCCAAAUGGAGAAAAUCUUUUUCUGGAUAGAGUUUUUGAUAUUUUUGAUGAGAAGAGAAAUGGUGUUAUCGAGUUUGACGAAUUCGUCCAUGCGCUCGGUGUUUUCCAUCCUUAUGCCCCUAUGGAUGAAAAAAUAGAUUUUGCAUUUAAGCUCUAUGACCUGCGACAAACCGGAUUUAUUGAGCCAGAAGAAGUCAAGCAAAUGGUAAUAGCUAUUUUGAUGGAAUCUGAAAUGAAUCUUUCUGAUGAUCUUCUUGAAGCUAUUGUUGACAAGACAAUUGCAGAUGCUGAUCAGGACAACGACGGAAAAAUCAGUAAAGAAGAUUGGAAAGCUUUUGUGAAUCGAAAUCCAUCUCUCUUGAAGAACAUGACACUUCCUUAUUUGAAGGAUAUCACAACUGCGUUUCCUAGUUUUAUUUUCAAAUCAGAGGCUGAACUUUGAGGAAAAAGAUGUGUUACUUUGGUAUCAAGAUUAAAUGCUGUAUGUUUGAGGCAAAUAAUUGGAUGUUUCAUUGCUGUAAAUGGUAACAACAGAGGUAAUUUGUCGACAAACAAUCACGGUAGGCGACACCGCAUAAUUCCUGAAACCAUACCUUGAAGCCAACAAGUUUUAAUGUUUUGUAGCAUGUAAUUUUUACAGAUCUGAUUAUAUGUAUAUUCACAUAACUAAGACUAAGUAUACGCCUUUGGUUCCAUUGUACAUAGAGAGAGGAUUGCAGUUACAUCUUCAAGUGAAACGUCACGAGUUAUUCAAAGUCUCAAGUUAGUGAGCUUGCCUUUGGGGUGACCAAGUGUAUUUAGUAUAUUAAUUUAAUUUGAAGUAUAUAUAAUUUUUUUUAUUGUUCA